GGGUGACGCUUCUGAGGCGGAGGCCGCGGCUCAGUCUCGGCCUCUCCCGCCUGCGCGACGCCUGCGCUGCUGCUGGUGCUCUCCACCUCUACUGGGCCGGAGGAGGCGACAACCGCCGCGGAGAGUAAGGCAAGGGGCGACAAAGAGAGCGAGGCCGCCCUCCCCGCCUGCUCGUCCCCGUCCCCCCAACAUGGCCGCGGAGUCCUCCUGAGGCGAUUCCGCGCGGCGCCCGCUUGCUCAGCCGCCCGGGCCUCCUCCUCCUUCUCCUCCGCCUUACCCUUCUUACUGUCCAGCUGCCGUCGCCACUGCUGCCGCUGCUAGGCCUCUCCUUCUCCGCCUGCUCCCCCGCCGAGGGAGCGGGUCAUGGGCUGCUGCGCCGGCGGAGGAGGAGGAGGAGCAGCCGGAGCCGGGCAGGCCGCGAAGAGGAGCAGCAGCAGCGGGACCAGGACGGGGACGACGACCGCGCCAGCACCAGCCGCCUCGCCGCCGAUGGCUCCUUCGCGCCGCUAGCCGGGAGAGAGCGGGCACCAGAGGAAGGAGAAGAGCCGCCGCCGCCCUCGGAGCGACGGAGUUGAGCAGACGCCGUAAUAGCAGAAGCCAUUUCCCUGCAGCAGGAGGCCGCAGGGAGGAGAGAGGGCGAGAGAGCGUGCCAAGGGAGGCUUGAGGUCGCCAUGGCCCACUCACCAGUUGCCGUGCAGGUGCCUGGCAUGCAGAAUCAUAGAGCGGACCCUGAGGAACUUUUCACAAAACUAGAACGCAUUGGAAAAGGCUCAUUUGGAGAAGUCUUUAAAGGAAUUGAUAAUCGAACGCAGCAGGUGGUUGCUAUAAAAAUCAUAGACCUAGAGGAGGCAGAAGAUGAAAUAGAAGACAUCCAGCAGGAGAUCACUGUUCUAAGUCAGUGUGACAGCCCUUAUGUAACAAAAUACUAUGGCUCCUAUUUAAAGGGCACAAAGUUAUGGAUCAUCAUGGAAUACUUAGGUGGAGGGUCAGCACUGGAUCUGCUCCGUGCUGGCCCAUUCGAUGAGUUCCAGAUUGCCACGAUGCUCAAGGAAAUCUUGAAAGGGCUUGACUAUCUACAUUCAGAGAAGAAAAUCCACAGGGAUAUAAAGGCUGCCAACGUGUUGUUGUCAGAGCAAGGAGAUGUGAAGCUUGCGGAUUUUGGAGUUGCAGGGCAACUGACCGAUACCCAGAUUAAGAGGAACACCUUUGUAGGCACACCAUUUUGGAUGGCCCCAGAAGUCAUCCAGCAAUCUGCCUAUGACUCCAAAGCUGAUAUUUGGUCACUGGGAAUCACUGCUAUCGAACUGGCCAAAGGAGAGCCUCCCAAUUCAGACAUGCAUCCAAUGAGAGUUCUCUUUCUCAUUCCCAAAAACAACCCUCCAACCCUAAUAGGAGACUUCAGCAAACCCUUUAAAGAGUUUAUUGACGCAUGUCUGAAUAAGGACCCGACGUUUCGUCCCACUGCAAAAGAACUCCUGAAGCACAAAUUCAUUCUGAAAAAUGCCAAGAAGACUUCAUACCUGACAGAGCUUAUUGACAGGUUUAAGAGGUGGAAAGCAGAAGGGCACAGCAGUGACGAAACAGAUUCAGACGGUUCCGAUUCGGAGUCUAGCAACAAAGAGAACAAUUCUCACCCAGAAUGGAGUUUUACUACCGUUCGGAAGAAGCCAGAGCCCAAGAAACUGCAGAACGGAACGGACCAAGAUCUCAUGAAAACCCUUAGCUGUUUAACAAUGAUAAUCACCCCUGUCUUUGCUGAGCUUAAGCAGCAAGACACCAAUAAUGCAAGCAGGAAGAGAGCAAUUGAAGAACUUGAAAAAAGCAUCAACAUGGCAGAAGCGACGUGUCCAGGGAUCACAGAUAAGAUGGUGAAGAAACUUACGGAGAAGUUUCAGAAGUUUUCGGUUAAUGACUCAUCCUAAGAAACUUUCUACCAGUGAUGCUGUUCCACAUGGACCCUGUAACAGCCCACCAAAACCUACUAUAAGCUUGGCAAUGCUUUGUUCAUGAGCUCCUUGUGCCUUUUUGGAUCACUGCAACAUAUUUGAUGAUCGGGGAUUUGAAAGGACUUAACUCCACUAUUUUGUGAUGGGUAUACAUGCUUUUUUGUAUUUCCUGGACAUUCUUUUUUGUAAAGAGCAACUUUUAAUAUUGUAGUUUUCACCUAUGUAAUCCAGUUUAAAAACAAAAACGGUGAGGCACAGUUUUGCUUCUAGAUAUAACCAGGGGCUACCAAUUGCCAAUCUCCACGUCUGGGAUCUGGGGUGUCCAGAGGAUUAGUGGACUGCUGCACCUCUUUACUUUGGUUCAUAGGAAGUACAUGUGUCAUGUGUUUCAACAACAUUUUGUUACUCUCCAAAGAAGACUGGUUGUCUUCUUGUUUCUUUCUAUGUCCGCAUAAGUUAUAGCUCGUCUGAGUCACUAAAACUAGGUUUCAAAACAGCUUUUCACAAGAAUAUACGUGAGAGCACCUCAGCCAAUAGGGUGUCGCUGUAGCACUUGCUAGAACACCAUUUAGGCCCCUGUCAAUGUAAUAUCUGCGACAAUAUCAACUCUUUUGAAAAUUGGUACAGUAUUUCAGGCAGCUCUGUGAUCACCUACAUUUUGAGAGCAAUAUGUCAAUAGCUUUGCAAGUUAACAUGUAGCGACUGAUAUAGCUUAGUGUACAGUUUGUAUGUAUUACCUUUUAGGGCAGAAUUUCAGAUAUUCAUUCAUCAUGGUAGGAAAUUUUUAAAGCAAUACAGUUGAAGAGCAAAGGGGGGCUUUUUGCAAUAAUGGACACACAUAGAAAUCUGGCUUAAUUUAAUCAUUUAUUCUUUUUUUUUAGUGAAAUUUGGGAGGGGGAAGUAGCUCAUUCUGUGUUUGGGGUAGGGGACUGGGAGAAUUACCGUGGCAUGUGAUAAAUACCUCACAAGCAGGUAUAAGUGUGUGACACCAGCGUUUAUGUGGUGGUGUUUUUUCUUGUAAGAUAUUUAUACACGUAAGUUUUUAAGUACAUUACAUGCAGUGCAUCACCAUGUGUUUAAUUCCUUCUCCCCCCCAGUGUAUUUUAAAUAUGUAUUUACCAGUUAAUAUGCAAAUAAUUGAGUUAUAGAUAUUCUUUCACAAAAAGAUAGUACUGUGUAGUAUGGAGUGAUUUUUUUUUCAUAAAAGGUAGAUAAAAUUAUAAACUUUGCUUUCAGCUAUAUAUUUAUGGUACUGUUUAGAUGGGGUAAUACCUUUUUUUCCCCUUUUCAACCCAGUAUGUAUAUUAUGCUGAAGUUUGAAGUGGGGUUGUAUUUCAGUCCUUAGCUGUGGAACUGUUGGUGUAAAUUUAUUUUUGAUAAAAAGUCUGGAUAUGUUUAAUUUUAUGGUUCGGAUCUGCACAUUUUUGUUUUUGCACAAAAGUCAUUUUAAAGGAUUUGAAAUAUAUCUGCCAAAUAUUGAAAAGAGUUAGUGGAAUGCAAACAAAUGUUGAUUUUUUUUUUUAAGUUUAAAAGUUGCCAUUACAUCCUUUUUUAGAAAAAAGAAAAGAUAUAAAGACACUGGCAAGAGAUGGUGGUUUAGAAAUGCCACGGGCAAUUAUUUUCAAUGGUGCCUACACUGUAAAAUAAUUAAAAAAUUACUUUUAACUCCUUUGUUUUAAUUUUAAGAAAUGUUUGUUUUAAAAAAAGCUUUCAUCGCUAUAUAACUGAAACACAAUUAGAAUUUAUAUCUGAGGAGAAAAAAGUCUGGACAUAGUUUUUGAAAACAAUAAUGUUAUGGAUUAAAUAAAAAUAUUUUUAUAAAUGUAA